GGCAAGGCUACCCUAAAGUAGUCACUGUGGGAUCAGGGCCUCGGUCUGGAAUGACCUUCAGGCCCCCUACUGUGCAAGGGAGAAUGGCGCAAGCUGCGCAAACGAGAGGCCAGAGUAAGGCAAGCGCCAGCUUAGAACCCCCUCGAAGGGAGCCGGAGUCAGAGCGAAGGAACGAGGCCGUGGAAGUAGAGGAGGAUGACGAUGAGGAAGAGCAAGAUGAGAGGAUACGUCAAGAGCAGGAUCGAAGGGCAGAGCAAAGGGCCAAGAAGAGGGGAGCCCAGGAGGAAGCCAAACCAAUUUUGCUCGAUGCUGCGCCGAAGAGAAAUAAGUAUGCGGUCCGGUUGGAGGAAGGGUUUGAUGUGGAGAAGGUUAUCGAUAGGUUACUUGAAGGUCAUAACGACCUUGUGACCUUGAAAGAGAUCCUGACGUCUGCUCCUAAGCUCCGCAACGAGCUAAAGGGAAGGCUCUCUCGACGCUUAGUGUCAAAUGUCUAUCUAAGCGUGAUUCUGCCAAAGGAGGCGGAAUGGGUGGAGACUGAGACAAAGAUGGACUGGAAGUGCGUGGCCUGUGGAAUGGUGAAUCUGGUGGUGAAGGGAUCGAAGUGCGCAGCAAUGGUGGAUACAGGGGCAAAAAUGAAUAUCAUCAAGGAGGCUGACACACUUAGGUUUGGGUUGGAAAUAAACCGCUCGGAUUGCGGCGUUUUGCACGGGGCUAACUGCUAAGCCGUAUUUUGUGGGACAACGUCAAAUGUACUUAUUGAAAUUGGGAGAGUAAAGGCCACAGCUUGCU